AAAUCAAAUAAAACAAAAUGGCUGUUUGUGUCUUACGGUUGCACUCUUUCAAUUUCAAUCAAAGACAUUGAAAUCUUACUUAUUAAAUUUAUGAUUUCAAACUUACAUUUAGGCAUUUAACAAUAGAAAUGGCAGAUAGUGUCCAAAUAUUAAGACGUAAUCGUCCUGGUUCGAAAGCCAAGGACUUUUGCCGAUGGCCUGACGAACCAUUUGAAGAAAUGGAUAGUACUUUGGCUGUACCUCAAUUCAUCCAACAAACUAUACGUCGUGAUCCAUCUAAUCUUGAAGCUAUUUUGAAAAUGCCUGAAGCUCAAGAUGAGGGUGUUUGGAAAUAUGAACAUCUACGGCAAUUUUGCAUGGAACUCAAUGGGCUCGCAGUUAGACUACAGAGUGAAUGUAAACCAGAGACUUGCACUCAAAUGACUGCUACAGAACAAUGGAUUUUCUUAUGUGCAGCUCAUAAGACUCCUAAGGAAUGUCCAGCUAUUGACUAUACCAGACACACUCUUGAUGGUGCUGCUUGCUUACUGAAUAGUAACAAGUAUUUUCCAAGCAGAGUAAGCAUCAAGGAAUCUUCUGUUGCUAAGUUGGGCUCUGUAUGUAGAAGAGUAUACAGGAUAUUCUCUCAUGCAUAUUUCCAUCACCGAGCAAUCUUUGAUUCCUUUGAGAAGGAAACUCAUUUAUGCAAAAGAUUUACAUACUUUGUGACAAAAUACUCCAUUAUUUCAAAGGAAAUAUUGAUUUUACCAAAACUUGAUGACGAGACUCCACUGACACAACCUGUGGGUGAAUCAGAAGCCUGAGGGUUAAAGAAGUAAUUUAUUUUACGAUUUCCAUAUGUUUAUAUUGUGGCAUUUAUUAAAAUUACACUUGUAUAAAAUAUUAAUAAUAAAUAUUGGAAAUGUUUAA